AGAAUUUUCUGGAGGCAGCGUUGGUGGAAUCUUUCAAGAAGUUGGGAGUGGUGUUUAUAAAUGGUCCAUGUUUCACAGACGUACAGUAAGGAUACCACCCCCGAACGUUUGCGGUUCCUUGAGACAGUCCCUCCGUCCUGGCCGCAGAAGACUUUGUGCAGGAACUCCAAGCCAUGCAACAGCUGCUUAAGGAACAGUUGGAGUGAGCCAAGGCGGUUUACAAGCGAGCUGCCGAGCAGCAACGUCAAGAGGCCCACCAUACAAGUGGGAGACAAGAUGUGGCAAUCCAUGCGUUAUUUGCCCACGUCAGGCCGUUGCCAUAAAUUACAGGACUGGAGAGUAGGACUUUUCGAGGUGGAAGCACAGAUUAACCCAGUGGCUUAUAGACUCAAGUUGCCCCCCACUUUCAAGAUAUACCCGGUGUUUCACCAGGUGCUGCUAACGGUGGACUAUCCUCUUGAUCCUCAUCGCCUGCGAUCCGAGCCAGUUCCGCCUCUGCUAGUGGAGGGACAGGAGGAAUACGAGGUAGAACAAAUAUUGGACUCACGGAAGCGCAGAGGGCGCCUCCAGUAUUUGAUUCAUUGGAAAGGGUAUGAUCAGUCUGAACAUUCGUGGGAAACUGCAGAGGAUGUGCACACCCCGGAUUUGGUGAGAGACUUCCAUGAAGCUUAUCCAGAAAAGCCCAGACCUCGGGGGAGGCAGAGUAAGUGCAUGGAGGGGGGGAUGAUGUUGAGGCCCAGCUCUUUUGCGAGGUCCAGGGAGGGGAAAAGCAUGAGUUUCAGGUUCCCCAGCUGUCAGAAGGCGCGGAGGAACCAGUAGUUGUUGAGUCUUCUCAAGACCUUGGGGAAGGGAGUGGGUUUCAUGUCAUGCCAAUUCCCACGGAAGGCGCUGCCUCCGAAGAGGACAGCGCACAGCCCCUAGACAUGCCAGGAGAGCAGUCGGGCGAUGUUUUGGAGCGUGUACUCACUCCCCCUUUGCCAAGCGGCUUCCAGGAUGCUUCAAACACUUUCCCGCCCCCUGACCUCAAGCCUGCUGUUAAAGAGCCAGUUCCUUCAGAUGAGUUGAUGGAAGCUCACCCCCCUUCACCUCGCUCCAGGUGCCGUGAGAAAAGGACGGAGCAGAGGGAGGUUUUGCGAAGGAUUACGCUCUAAAACGUUUCCUACUUAAGACUGCAGCUCCUGGGUUUGGGUGCUGAGACAACUUGUUCCAUACGCCACAGAGCAUGUGUAGAGUUUAGUUAGGGACCUGAGUGAGUUAGCAUAGAGACCUGUAUGAAGCGUUCUGCUUUUGAUGUAUCAAUUAGUUUAAUAAAACAGGAAUUACUCCCACCUUCGACUCCGUCUUGUGGCUCCCGCCCUGGGCAGGACAGACUCAU